ACUCUCCAAAAUAGGCCAGUCGUGUUUCCAAAUAAAAGGAGCUGAUAUCACAAUGAUGCUCAGAGUUGUGUUGGCAUUGCUGUUGCCGGCAGCUGCGUAUCAGUCGCCUCGGCCCAGAGACUGUAGCGACGUCUACAGGUCUGGCGCGGGUCUGGAUGGAGUUUACACCAUCUUCCCAGCAGGCCCCACCUCUCCUGUGUUGGUUUACUGUGACAUGGGCAAAGAUGACCUUGGUGGCUCUGCACAAAAAUGGACGGUGAUUCAGAGAAGACAAGAUGGCACAGUCAACUUCUUCAUGAAGUGGGAUCAUUACAAAUCUGGAUUUGGGAAUGCUGCUGGAGAGUACUGGUUGGGCCUGGAAGUAAUGCACCUACUGACUCAAGACAGAAACUAUGAGCUGAGGGUGGACAUGGAGGACUUUGAUGGUCAGAAGGUGUUUGCUCAUUAUUCUGCCUUCUCUGUUGGUCCAGAGUCUGAGGGAUACAAGCUGAACCUGGGAAAUUUCCUAAAGGGGGCAGCAGGAGACUCUCUAAGCUAUCACAACGGAAGGAAAUUUACGACCACUGACAAAGAUCAAGACGAGCAUGACUCAAACUGUGCCAGGCUCACAUAUGGUGGAUUCUGGUAUGGGAACUGUUUCAGCGCCAACCCAAAUGGUAUCUACACCUGGGGUCCCUCACCCCAUGCAGUUGGUGUGCAAUGGAGAACUUUCAAAGGGCUUGACAACUCUCUAAAAACCAUGAUAAUGAAGAUCAGACCAGUUGAGGGGUGAAACCAGGAGAAAGACAUCAUGAAUAUGGCCUAAUGCAUUAACACAAUUCCUUGUUACAGAGAACACACAACUCCAGUUGUCUUCAAUGCUCAAAUAACAGAUGGAGACGUUUUUGAAUUUUAAUGUUUUUAAUUUUAAAAUGAUUUAUUAAUCCCAAGAGGGAUUUGUGGUAAGCUGUCAAUGGCUGGACAACUUUCUAACAUCAAUAUCCCCUUGUGAUUUUGUUGAUUCAUUACACAGACAUAGCAUAUUAUUUAAAAAUCCUGUUAUUGGUCUUAUGUACUUUUCAAACUUGCUAAUAAACUGAAUUUGCGCUUCAGAUUUUCUGUCAAUGAUACAGAUAAAAAAACACUACAUUAAACUAUUAAAUCUAUAGUGUAAAGUCGAUAUGUGUAUAUAUGAGCUUUACCUUCUGAAUUAAAUUACUGAAAUGAAUUUUUUCAUAAAAAUUAUACUUUUUAACAAUGCAGUUGUGAAUAAAUUACUUGUCUUGAACACAGACAAGCAAAUCUCUGCUCAUUAAAAUUCAAGUCCUCUGCCAGUCCCUGGUGGUCAGGCAGUAGUACUGCAAGAACUGCAACAGCAGACAGGCACUUGUGUUUAGGCAGUGAAAGGUAACCUAAAGAACGCCUAUACUUCAAGUUUUCUUUCAUUGUGAGAAGAUGAAAUUAGAAAAUCUAAAUAAACUGUAUUUCUACUAUAUUAAUUUAUUUUGUCAGUGAUAUUAGGAUGUGUGCAAGUUUGAAGUUCUGUGAUGCAUUUGUAUACACUGACACACAAACAAAAGACGCUGAUAAAACC